AUGCGGGAGUUGAUCGUCACCGCAGCAGGCUUUCUCGUCACGUUCCCCCUUGUGACAGCUUCUAAUGCUGUCGAUAUCUUUAAGUCUCCCCCUCUCGAGUAUCGGCCCAAGUUUCGCUACUGGCUUCCCGAUGCGAGCGCCUCGGUUGACGCAGUAAAACGAGACGUUGCCGCGGUGGCAGCGAUCGGAGGCGGCGGGCUCGAGCUGAUCCCCUUCUACAACUACGGAUGCGCCGUGUGUACCCCCGACGUACUUCCGGAAGAUUGGUCGACCUAUGCCUUCGGCACCGAACCUCUCCACAAUAUUUACAGGGGCGCUCUGGAAGCGAGCAGAGACCACGGCGUCUUGUUGGACUUUGCUCAGGGAGGUAAUCAAGGACAAGGGGUUCCGGCUGAGCCCCAAACUACCGGUCUCGCCAAACAUAUGGCAUAUUCCAACGUCACUGUCAAAGCUGGAACAACCUUUAACGGCACCCUCCCCCUAUCGACUCAGCCUCUAGACCAGUCUGGAGGCGGAAGACACCAGAUGGAGGACUGGGGUGAGCAGAAGCUCUUUGCUGUCCUCGCUGCCGAAGUUCUGGAAGACACGAAUCGCGUCGUCCUUGGGGAGCCUUUGGACUUGACUCAAGAUGUCUUCGACGGCCGUACCCUCUCAUGGACACCACCUGCAGGAAAUUCCACUUGGCGGAUAUUCUCAUGGUACGAGCGAUACACCAACCAGCGGUCCGUCGCUGCUGGGCAAAAAAUAACGAACUUCAUCCACAAUGGCUCCUGGAUCGUGGACCAUUUUAGUGCUGAGGGUGCAAAGCUCAUGACCGACUUCUUUGAUGAAUACGUCAUCAGGGACGAUGAAACUGCCCAGCUGGUUGCCUCUGCUGGAAGAUACGCAUGGGAGGAUUCCCACGAGAUGGACAGCUGUGUCUGGUGGACGGAAGGUAUGGACGAAAUGUUCCGCAAGCGGAACAACUACAACAUUGCCAAGUGCCUCCCCUUUCUGGUCAUCAAAGGCAACGGGUGGGCUGGCCAGGAGGUCCCAUACGGCGAGGAAUUCGUUUCGUCCAACUCAACCUUUCAGUCAACCUGCAACGGCGACUUUCGUGCCACACUCAAUGAUGGCUACCGGAGCUAUCUCGCCAGCCGCAUGUCAUGGGCGCACAGUCAUGGCAUUAAAUUCUCAACACAGGUCGGGUACAACGUCCCAGUUGACGUGCUUUCUGAUAUUCACCUGGUUGACGUACCCGAAGGAGAAUCUUACGGAUGGAAAGACAACCCGGAUUUGUAUCGGCAGUACUCUGGACCCGCUCACUUGGCGGAUAUCUCAGUUGUAUCAUCAGAAGCCGGUGCUGUCGUUGGCAAUCCGUAUGGAUCAUCGGUGAAUGACCUGCUCUUCACCGUUCGGCGCGGACUGGCUACCGGCAUCAACAUGAAUGUCCUCCAUGGAUUUCCGUAUUCUGGACCAUACAAGAAUACCACAUGGCCAAACUGGACACCAUUUAAUUUUUACUUGAAAGAAAUGUGGUCUCCGAACCUCCCCUCCUGGACACACCUAACCGAAACAAUGCAAUACAUCUCGAGGAACCAAUACAUUUCGCAAGCAGGAACUCCCAAACUCGACCUGGCAUUCUACAAAUACACGAUUCCCUGGUCUGACGCGACGGGCUACAAAAGUUCGAACCUGGAGACUGUCGGCUACACCUACGACUACCUGGGCCUCGAGAACCUACAAAACGCUUCCGUCAGUGACAGAGUUCUGGCUCCACAAGGACCAGCGUAUCAAGCCUUGAUUUUCUCGAACGCGACACAGAUAAGCAACGAAGCGGCCAGCAAGUCGAAAGAGUUUGCCGAAGCUGGUCUCCCGGUUUUCUUCGUCGGCAAUGCCACUUUCACAGGCAUCCGCUCAGCCGACGCAGCGGCGGCAAGCACCAUGGCGGAUAUCAUUUCCAGCGGUCUGGAAAACGUCUUCAACGUGGGCUCCGCAAACGAACUCCCUACCGCUCUCUCGAAGGCCGCGAUCAAACCCAGGGCCGCGCUAUCCAACGGCACCGCUCCAUGGUACUCGUUCUGGCGCGAACAAGACGACUUCACCCACGUCUUCCUCUACAACGACGGCCCGGACACCCAAACCCUGCGCGUCGACUUCGCCAUCACAGACUCACCACCAUACACCUUCAACGCCUGGACCGGCGCCGUCGCCCCGAUCCUGCACUACACCACCACCCCCACCCACACCACCAUCCCCAUCACCCUCGCCGCCAACCAAACCACCAUCAUCGGCUUCGCCAAACCCAACGGCGCCGCCGCAUCCAACCUCACCACCCCCCACACCCACGCAACCAGCACCGCCGGCGCCCUCGCCAACCUCGUCUACGCGGAUGGCCACCUCCUCGCCCAGCUCUCCGGCCCGACCGCCUCCGUCACCCUCGCCAACGGCACGCGCGUCGACCUGACCGCCUCCGCCGGCGGGCCGCUACCCCCCUCGCACCUCACGUCCUGGAACCUGACUGUCAGCGACUGGCAGCCCUCCGCCGCCGACCGCACCAGCAUGGCCAGCACCGUCACCAACCACACCUACACCGAUGUCCCACCAGGCUCUUGGCUGGCGCUGGACCCUGCUCUGGCCAACGUGAGCGGGACGGGGCGGUACGUUACAACGUUCUUCACACCCGCAUCGUCGUCGGAGCAACCGAGUAGUCUCGGCGCCAUCCUGCACCUCGGCCCCGUGCAGCACACGCUGCGGGCGACGCUGAACGGGCGGGCGCUGCCGGCUGUUGACGUGGCGGACGCUGUUGUGGAUAUUAGUGGUUUCCUGAGUGAGGAGGGAGAGGAGAACGAGCUGGUGGUCGAGGUGUCGACGAACUUGUUCAACAGGGUGCGGGUGGAGGCGGGGUGGCUGGGAACGUCGGGCGCGACGGCGGACGGGGCGACGGGGGGUGCGUAUGGGAACGCGGCGCCGCAGGGGUAUGGGUUGCUCGGGCCGGUGUGGGUGGAGUGGGUGGAGGUGGUGAGGGUUGUUUAG